GGAGAUUAAGAAGGCAAAGAGACAAGAAUGUUGACAUCAUCAAGCAGCCGACGGGGGCAGAAUAUCAUCUAAGACGCAAAUAGCCCAUGUGGACAACGCUCCUCUGCCCACACGGGCAGACGACUCUACGAUGGAGAGGACACUCCGAGGAAAAGCAUCCACACCUUUCCAAGGGAACAAGUUCGCCACGAAACAUUGUCAGUACGGGAGAAGGAAAAGUAUAAAGGUGUAGACCGCGACUGGAUAACUGUCGCACUUUGGCAGCACACAACAGAUCUCAAGACUCUUCUUCUUGCCCAAGACAGCUCUUUCCAGACAACUUCAGCCACAGUUUAAUCUCGUCGUCAACAUGAAGGCCAUCCUCUUCGCCGUCUUUGCUUUCGCAGCCAGCACCUUGGCCACUCCCAUCGUUGCCGAGCGCCAGCUCGACAGCCAGGCCGACGAACUGGACAGCCUCAUCGCCCAGGUCCAGGGCUACACCGCGAACAUCAACAAGACCACCGCCGCGGUCCCCGACAACCCGGACCUGGCCACGCAGACCGCCGCGGCCAACGACCUCGCCCCGGACUUCCAGGGCAUCACCGACGCCCUCAAGUCCGCCACCGCCGUGCUCUCGAAGCGCGCCUUUGGGGUGACGCGGUCCGCCGCGUGCGACUCGGGCUGCCUCGGCAUCAAGGUCAAGCUCCUGGUCUGGGAGAUCUCGUGCACGCUGAAGUUUGUCUUGGUCAAGCUGGGCCUCGCCUGUGUCUUGCUCUACCUCACCCCCUUGAUCAUUGCCCUGAGCGGCCUCCUCAACUGUCUGGACCUCGUCAUCGAUGGGAUUCUGAUCGCUGUCCACGGAAUCCUGAGCGAUGUGCUCGGCGGACUCGGUGCUGGCCUCCUUGGCUUACUCUGAGAAUACUUUAUCAGCUCCCAUCCCCGUAGGCAGUGAGGAGUCGCUGCGAGGAACCCGAAGUGUGGGGAGG